AUGCGAUCUUUUCCGUGGGUAUUCACGAUAGCCCAAGUUCGAACCCCAAUCCUAGGAGCGGAUUUCCUCGCCCACUUUAACUUGUCCGUUAAUAUGUCUUCCCUUUCUUUGGAGGAUAAAACGACCAACAUUACAAGGAAAGGAAUUACAUCUAUUUAUACGAGCAUAUGUAUCAGCGCAACUUUACCUGAAGGCAACGGAAUGCAGGAUCUGUUACAAAAAUAUUCUCAAAUUACAACACCAUUCCGGUAUACAGAAACCGUUCGUCACAAUGCUGAGCACCACAUUGAUACUACGGGCCCACCCACGCAUUCAUCUCCACGGCGAUUGAGGCCUGAUAAAUAUAAACUGGCGAAAGACGAGUUUCAGCACAUGCUGGACCUCGGUAUAAUUAGACCUUCUUCGAGUCUUUACUCAUCUCCUCUUCAUAUGGUUCCAAAACCGGACUCAGGAGCUUGGAGACCUUGUGGCGACUUCCGGAAGCUGAAUGCUACUACAAUUCCGGAUAAAUACCCCAUCCCGCACUUGCACGAUUUCGCAGUGGGUCUGCAGGGCGCCACAGUCUUCACCAAACUUGAUCUGGUGAAAGCAUUCCACCAGAUACCAGUGGCCAAGGAAGACAUCCAUAAAACAGCAAUAACUACUCCUUUUGACUUAUACGAAUUUGUGAGAAUGCCAUUUGGUUUUAAAGGAACGCUGCACAAUCUUUCCAACGGCUUAUAG